AUGGCUGGCCCCAACGAUUCUCAGGCCGUUGGCAUCAAGGAACUUGGCAUCAUCAACCAGUGCGUCAAUUACGAGCCCACUGCGCUCCCGGGACAGGAAUGGCGAGGUUAUCCAGAGAUUCCAACCGCUCGCGACCUGAACCCGGACUUGACCGACCCAAAGCAGCUCGCUGAGGUCCAGAGUCUCCUGCCCAACAACUGGAGAGAGCCAUGGAGUGAAAAGGACAAGUACCUGGAAACCCACUAUCGCCUCCAGCGAGAGGAGGCAAUCACCAUGCUGCGAUACUCCAUCAAGAAGUACCAGGAGACGCCACGCAUGAUGGACGAUGAGGAGACCUGUAUCUACACCAAGGUCUUCGUCAAGGGCUACUUGAUGACACGCCUUGGCCCCAUGUGCCGUGUGCAGUUCUCAACCGAGAGAUCCGGCAAGAAGAUCCGCUGGACCCAGACCCGCCGACUCACCACGGGGAGCCUCGUGGCCUUGUCGACCGCAGAAGAUGGCUUCAAAACCAUCUGCCUGCCUGCUGUCAUCGCCGACCAUCCUAUCCGCGACGGUCUAGAUCAGAACCCUCCGACCAUUCAGAUUCACUGGGCAAGGUCAGAAGAUGCCAUCGUAGACCCGACAGCCGAGUUGGUCAUCAUCGAGGCUCGGACCGGCUACUUCGAGGCCGUGCGCCACAGCAUGGUUGGCCUUCAACAUGUUGCCAUGACGGACACCCCGAUCGACAAAUACCUAGUCGGCGCCGACAAGGGCGACUAUGCAGCACAGUAUGUGCAGCAGAGCCCUGAGAUGAACAUCAGGUCGCUUGUGCAUCACGUUCCGAACUCUGCGGGCAUGUCCAAAGCUGCCGUCCGACAGAAGAUAACCGAAGCCAAGGAACCUCUGGCCAACGCGAACGUCAUUAGAGGUCUCAAUGACAAUCUGUCCCCGUACACAAACCUCGACAACUCCCAGCUCAGCGCCGUACAUCGUAUUCUCACAAGAGAACUUGCCAUCGUCCAGGGUCCUCCCGGUACCGGCAAGACGUUCACGUCUGUGCAAGCACUACGGAUCCUAUUGGAGACGCAAGAACGUGGAAGCAACGUCAUCAUCGUCGCAGCCCAGACGAACCAUGCCGUCGACCAGAUCCUGAUUCAGCUGGUCAAGCUCGGUUUUGACGCCGUCCGACUUGGUGGCCGCAGUCAAAACGAGGAGAUCAAACGUUACAGCAUGUACAACCUGCGACGCCAGAAGCUGGCCUCUUUCAGACAACGGGCGGAUGGGGAUUACAAGACGUGCGAAUCUGCGCGGAAGAAGAAUAUUUCCAAUCUGGAGUGCAUGGUCAACGAUGUUUUCCCUGGAGGUUUGGUCGAUCCGGCGAACCUUCUCGACGCCGGCAUCAUCACGGUACAGCAGAUGGAGUCUCUGGGAUACGACGACGACCAAUGGGCUGCUGAACCGCUGCAAGACCGCCCCGCGGGCUCACUUUCCGAGUGGCUGGGGGAUGAUAUGGUGGAGGCGCCCCCUAUGGCCUUCAAGGAUCCCGUCUUCGAAACUCCGGAGAAUGACGAUGCUGUCGACCUCGAUGCCGAGGACUACGACCUGGAGCUUGACGACUGUAUCGUGGACGACGACGACGAUCGCGGGAGGGUUGAUGGCAAGUGGAUCCCAAUCCGACAUCGAUGGAUCGGUGCGAACCCUCAUGGAUACUCCGGGACUGAACUCGUCAUUCGCCGAGAGCGAGCGAAGCCGAACUUGUGGGACAUUGAGCAGGAACACCGUGGUACCGUCUACGAGUACUGGCAGAGGCAGUUGCUCCGUGUGCGCGCCGAAGAGUUCCGCGAGGCUUUGGCAGAUAACACCCGUAUCUGCAAGAGCCUGAAGAUCAAUCGCUGGUACAAGGACACGCAAUAUAUCAAGUCGAGCAAGAUCGAGAUCAUCGGGUGCACUACAACGGGUCUCUGCAAGUACCGUGGUUUUCUCUCUGCGCUGCAACCCCGAACCAUGCUGAUCGAAGAGGCGGCCGAGACGCGAGAGGCCAACAUCAUGUCGGCGCUGUACGGGUCCCUCCAGCAGCUCAUCCUCGUUGGCGACCACCAGCAGUUGGCACCGCACUGCGACACGCCACGGCUCGCCGACGAGCCAUACUGUAUGCGCGUGUCCAUGUUCGAGCGGCUGGUCAAGCUGAACAUGCCAUUCACUGUUCUGAACAUGCAGCGCCGUAUGAUUCCCAUCUUGCGGGAAGUGCUGAAUCCGUUCUAUCCAAUGCUGCAAGACCAUCCUGUUGUCACCAAGAAGGACGCGCGCCCUCCGGUUCCAGGCAUGUCGGUCGAGUCUUACUUCUUCCAUCAUACCUGGACCGAAGACACGGACGAAAACCUCAGCAAGUUCAACCUCCUGGAGGCCGACAUGGUUGUUCGCUUCAUCGACUACCUCCUGAUGAACGGAGUUGAUGCAGCCCAGAUCACGGUAUUGACCUUCUACCGUGGACAGCGCAAGCAGAUCAUAUCAGAGGCGCGAAAGCAGCUCUCGCACUGGGCGCCUUUCAACAAUGUCCAAACGGUGGAUUCAUACCAGGGCGAGGAGAACGACAUCGUCAUUCUCUCUCUGGUGCGUAGCAACGGGCCCAACGGCCCCCACAGGCCAGGCUUCCUCCGGGAUUGCAACCGUGGUGUGGUGUCCAUCAGCCGCGCGCGACGAGGAUUCUACAUCUUUGGCAACAUGACCAACCUGACGGAAGGGGGCGAAGAGUCUCGGUACAUGUGGGGCAAUGUCGAGAAGGUGUUCAAGCUCCAGAAGAGAUUCGGAGACAGCGAGACCGGACUUCCAAUCACCUGUCAACGGCAUGGGACCACGAGCCGCAUACGCCACCCCGAGGAUUGGAUGCUCCACCACGGUGGCUGCAAGCUGCCAUGUCCAGAUAAGCUCAGCUGUGGUCAUCCGUGUGGACGUCGUUGCCAUUGGGUGGACCACAACCGUCUCAUCUGCCUACAGCCCUGUGAGAAGACCCUUCGAUGUGGCCACCGAUGCCAAGAGGUCUGCGGUGAGGGUUGCGUCUGCAACUGUUCCGAUUUUACCGGCGCAUAUGCCCACGAUGAGGACUGGGAUGCGGACACAGCAUUGGACGACCAAGAGAUGGGCGUCGAGUUCAAUCCCGGUCUUGGCGCAGCUUCGUUCGGUCAGGGGGGUCAGCGCACCACCAGGCGAGGCGACCAGCACGGAAACUACCGAUACGGUUCACGUGGGCGCAGAGGAGGCCUUGGAUACAACGGCGGCCGCGCUCAGGCUCCUAACCUCAGUGAUACCACCGGUCACGGUACAGAGGCACGCUCGGGUAACGCCCAACACCUGCCUUGGGGCGCCUUUGAUGCUCGGCAGGACGAUGCUCGGCGACGCGGAGCCCACGGCCCAAGCCUUGUCGUCGAUGCUCCUCACGCCUCGGGCUCCAGCAGGAUGCCCCGUUACAAGGAGACGUGGCGUCAUGUCACCCUGUCUAACGGCGGCAAACGCAACGUCGGGAGAGGUAACGUUAUCGUGUCUGGAAGCAGUGGCACGCCUUCACCCGAGAAGGACGAUCCUCAUUUAUCUGCUAAACCUACCUCGCGCGGUGAGGCGCCAGUGACGGACCUGUUGAGCUUCAAUGAUACUGUCCGUACAGAAGCUCUGGUUCUGCCCUUACGGCUCCAUGAAAUCAACCAGUCCAAAGUAUCCACAAACACCUUCAUUAACCCCGAUCGUUCAGACGCUGAGGUAGUUGCCAGCACUCCUGCCCGACAAGCACAACGUUCUUUCAAAGCUCCUGGUGCUUUCCAAUACGACGGUCAGCCCAACGACGGCGAUUUGGCUGGGUCGUCUGCUGCCUCCUUGCGGUUCUCGGGACGGAACGACUUCGCUGACCAGGGACCACAAUUCCUGCAGCGCAUUCGGCCUCUGGUGAACCCUACCACGGACGCCGGCCGUCAGCUCGAUAAGCCGGAAUGGGAGGUUGCGAGCACGGUGGUGGACGAGUCGAACAAUGGCGACGCAGAUGACGUUGAUGACAAGGAGGAGGAGGAUCUUAUACACUUCUGA